GUCACCGUACUAUUUUGAAGUUUCAACCAUCUUUUUCUUAUCACCGGAAAAAAGAAAAAUUUUGCACCAAACCUUCACCUGAGUUUUGAUCUACUGAAAAAAAUGGGGAUACGGGAUUUCAUUUCCGGGACGACCGAUUCACUGCAACGCAACGCUCCGGAUCUAACGGCCGUGAAGAACUGGUGCCCCACACCCGGUUCCCUCAAACGGAUCGUACCAAAUGUAACGGCUGCGAAGAACGUGUGCUCCACCGCUUACGGUUAUGGGUCAGCCACCGUUACCCAUAUCGAUAUCGCCGUCAGGGUUAACCUAAACCACUACCUUCAGGACGAGGAAGCCCGGUCCAAGAUCCUCCAGUUGGGCAAGAGCAUCGUUACACACGCCACCAUCGAGGGCCUCAAAACCAUCCCAGGUUACAAAAUUGUUGCUAAAUCAAUCCGAGACGUGAAGGAGUCCAAUAAACAAGAAGUGGAUGUUAAGGCAUUGCAGGCUGAUCUACACGGAUUGCAGAAAGAGUUCAGCGAAUACAAGAAACUCCAUGAGCAAGGCCUGAUAGAUAAGCCAAGUGCAGAUUUGAAGUCACCAAACACUGUCAACAUUCAUUCAGCUCUGAAUCAGAAACCGGAAGAUGUGAUCAGAGUCUUUAUGAUGAAGGAGUUUAUGGGCAGGCAAUUCUUUGAUGAUCUAAUGGUUCCUCCGGUUGCGCCUAGGAAGAAGUAGAAGGCAGUACCAGGUACCAGUGCAUAAGAUCAUUGUUAAUCAUGAUUUGACCUUGUUUAAAGCUUUGUGGUUAGGUCUUGACCUUGAUUGCUCUGUGUAAUCAUUCUCUCGGGUGUAUUAGGGAAGAAAGUGGUCUUUUGCAUUGUCAAGACUCAAAACCAUUGGCCUUGUUUGUAAAUUGAGGGCAAAAUGUAAAAUGCCAAGUCUGGUUUAAGGACGGUUUUCAUAAACUGAAGUUGACUGGUUUUGUAUGGCUGUUAUGUGCUAUUGGAAAUUACUUGCGACGUGACUAUU